UCACAAAUCAAAACACGUAAAAACAUCACACCAUAAACUUUCCUCUCCCCAUUUUGGCUUCUCCAGCUACAGUAGGUAGCAGUAGUGCUUGUUUCACUCUUUUUUUUUUUUUUUUUUAAAAGAAAAAAUCAUUAAGGUUAUUAAAAAAAAAACUCGAAAGGACCGUUCCGUUUUCACACACUGAAAGCAGCGCCGAGAAAUGGGAGAAGAAGAGGUGGCAGUUAAAGAUAAGGAGACGGUGAAAAGUGACACGGCGGUGGAUUCACCUGAAAUUGAGUCUCAGAUUAAGGAUGCUAUGCGCUCCCGCGUUAAUUACUUCAAUGAACAAUCCAAUUCUUUGACCUUUGAAGGAGUAAGGAGAUUAUUAGAGAAGGAUCUGGGAUUGCAAGAAUAUGCGUUGGAUGUUCAUAAAAGAUUUGUUAAGCAAUGCCUGCUUCAGUGCUUAGAUGGCGACAAUGCUUCCAAGGAUUCAGGGGAAACUGAUGAAAAAGGUUCCCGUUCAAUUAAAGGAGAAGCAACUGAAUCGCCUGAAGGGCAUGAAUCAAAAGAUCAUAUAAAAGAACCUUGUUCUGAGGAUGAGGAGAAAACGGAAGAAUCUCCUGUCAUGGGACUCUUGACAGGGAAAAAAACACCUAAAUCAGAAACUGACAAAACUCUAGUUAAAGAAGCUCCAACUGAGAGCAUCAUUAAAAAAGCCUUGUCGAAGAGGGCGUCCUAUAUCAAAGCUAAUUCUGAUAAAGUUACAAUGGCUGGACUUCGUCGGCUUUUAGAGGAAGAUCUUAGACUUGAUAAACAUGCACUGGAUCCCUAUAAGAAAUUCAUAAGCGCUCAGUUAGAUGAGGUAUUACAAUCUUCUGAAGUUUCUGAACCUAAGAAGAAAAGUGUUAAAACAAAUUCUCAAGGAAAAGCAUCUAAAAAGAUGAGGACUGAAGAAAGUUCUGACUCCUCUGGUAAAGAGAUGGAUACAGAGGAUGAAGAUGAAGUAAAACCAAAGAAGAAAAUUGCUCCAAAUAAAAAGAUGAUAAAUUCUGAAGGGUCUAAAAAACGGAAGAGGUUUGAAAAAGAAACUAAAGUAACUAGCAAGAAGCGGGUCAAGCCCACGGAAAAAGUAGCAGAGGACAGUAGUGAUGCAGAAGACAGUGGAAAUGCUUCUGAAGAUGGCCGUUCUCAAUCUUCAGCUGAAAAACCAGUGAAGAAAAAGGAAGCUCCAACUCCAGUAUAUGGAAAACGUGUUGAGCAUCUAAAAUCUGUAAUAAAAUCUUGUGGGAUGAGUGUGCCCCCUGUAGUUUACAAGAAAGUUAAGCAGGUGCCUGAAAAUAAACGUGAGGCCCAGCUAAUAAAGGAACUAGAGGAGAUACUUUCUAAAGAAGGAUUGUCAUCUAAUCCUUCUGAAAAAGAAAUUAAGGAAGUCAGAAAGAGGAAGGAACGAGCAAAAGAACUUGAGGGAAUUGACAUGAGUAACAUUGUGUCAAGUUCACGUAGAAGGUCCGCAACGAGUUAUGUACCUCCUCCAAAGCCCAAGAUACCAGUUGGAAGUGAUAGUGAUGAAGCCGAUGAUACUGACGAGGAUGAUGAGGAUGACAACGACGAUGACAAUGACGAUGACGAUGAUGAGGAAGCAGAAAAUGAAGAUGAUGGAGAUAAUGAUGGGGAUGACGAGAGCCAGAGUGAAGAGCCCAAUGCAGAAAAUGGGGACGACAGCGAUUGAAUCCUGGAUAAGCUGACAUGCUAGUUGAUUGAUGAGAGACACCUCAACAAUUAGAGUAUGUGGAUGUAUCAUCAGUUCUAAUUAAUGACAUUUCAUUCUAUUUUUUCUAUGUUGUCUUACGAUUAGAAAGACCAUAUAGCUUUGUGUAGAGUUGGUUGGCAGCUUCUAUUACAAUAUCUUCUGUAGCUGAUUUGGUGAAUUGUAGCGGGGCACUUGCCCCCAAAAAGGUUACUUUCAAAUAUAAACUGAUAGUUUUGUAAGUUAAUGAUAUUGUGUGUCUCAUUUUGCUUA